AUGGAGUUGACUGAAGGUGCCGAUGUCUCUGCCACGACAUCGUCACAUAUGACGCUAUCACUUACUGAUGUUAAGAAAUUAAUGGAUGCAGCAUUACGUAUGCAACGUGCAGGUGAAAAGAAUCAUCCCAAAUAUCAACAAAUUGUUGCAUUAUUACGUCAUUAUCAACAACAGCGUCAGACUCAGAUCCAGAUUCCACCUACUCAGAAUCAGACUCAGACUCCGACUCAGAAUCAGACGCCGACUCAGACGUCUAUUCCUUUAAAUGUUAGUGUGAACCCAUUUCUACAGCAUAAGACUACACUUUUUUCCGAGAAACAACUUGAGUACCUGCAUAAUCAGAUACGAGCGUACAAGGCCUUAUGUCAUUCAAUGGAUACAGCUAUUACGCAAGCCAAAGAAUGUAAUACGACUGGUUUUUAUAUCGAGUCAAUGGACCCAAUCAUAAAGACGACAGAAGAGACGCUACCGACACCUGUGGAUCCUCCAAUACUUGAGCUUAUGACUCCAAAAUGGACUCGAGCUGCAUGUAAUUUGCUGUAUCUUGGUCCUAAAUAUCUGGAUGGAGACUUGAUUAAUAUUGAUCAAAAGAGCCAUGCAGCUUUUGGACCAUAUACUGUCUGUACACCUCAUUUAGGGACAAAUGAUGUGGCACUGAAGAUGAGAUUCAUGCAUACGUUGCAGCAAUUUUUAACGUCAAGUUUGGACAAAAUGGAGAAUUAUACUGGAGAGUUAGAUGACAAUGAACAACUGACACUGAGAGAUUUACGUUGCGUCUUGCUGCAGCAAAAAUUACGUCAACGUGUAGCCAAGGCACAUACGACACGGUUGGCGCUGUUAGGAGAACCAUCUGCAGUUGAUCGUAAAUCGUUUCGGCGUCGUCGUCCUGUCUCACGUGUUGAGCUGCAGAGUGAUGAGCGAGAGAAACGCAAAAAAUCUGUUGCAAUGGAGAAAAAACGGCGUGCAGAUCAUCAAAUGUACUUGAAGGCUAUUCUUAAUCACUCGCGUGAGUUUUUUGUUUACCACAAGAAUGUGAAGGCACAGGUGAGUAAAUCUGCGAAAGCUGUUAAAGCUUUUAUCGACCAGCGUGCAUCCAAGGCCGAGCGUGAGGAAGAUCGUCAAGAGAAACUUCGUCUAAAGGCAUUGAAAGCAAAUGACAUGGAAGCUUAUGGCAAAUUGGUUGCUGAGGCAAAAAAUGAACGUCUGACGUAUUUGCUGAGCCAAACAAAUAGUUAUCUGGACAGCAUUCGCCAGUUGGUGCGUCAGCACAAACGAAAGCACCACGUUGUCGACGAAUACACGGCGCAUUACGAUGCACGUCACGAAGGCGACAAGAAAAGUAAUGCUGACGACCAAGACGACGACUUAAACUAUUUAGAGAUCGCGUCGAAGGGCGAACUACCACGACAGCCCCUCAUGCUGGUUGGUGGUGACCUCAAGGAGUAUCAGCUGCGGGGCUUGCAGUGGAUGGUUUCUCUGUACGACAACCACCUAAACGGUAUCUUGGCUGACGAGAUGGGAUUGGGUAAGACGAUCCAAUCGAUUUCGCUGCUCACGUACGUGACAGAGGUCAAGCACAACCACGGCCCAUUCCUCGUGGUUGUGCCACUGUCCACUUUGUCAAAUUGGGUGAACGAGUUUAAAAAAUGGGCGCCUGAUCUUGUGAUUGUGGUGUAUAAAGGGCCUCCUCAGGUGCGCAAGGAGCUUCACAAACUGGAAAUGGCAUCGUGUCAGUUCAAUGUUCUUUUGACAACCUACGAGUACAUCAUGAAGGACAAGCAUGUGCUGCGUAAGUAUGACUGGCAGUACAUCAUCGUGGAUGAGGGUCACCGUAUGAAGAAUGCUCAAAGCAAGUUUGCAAUGACACUCGGAAGUAUGUACACUUCGCGCAACCGACUGUUGUUGACAGGCACGCCCCUGCAAAAUAGUCUGCCAGAACUUUGGGCGCUUUUGAAUUUUUUGCUGCCGACGAUUUUCGAGUCCGUGGACACAUUCGAGCAAUGGUUUAGUAAGCCAUUUGCGCAGUUCUCCGGUAAUGGUGACUCGAACGAGCUUUCCGACGAAGAGCGGAUGCUUAUUAUCAAUCGGCUGCACCAGGUGCUACGUCCUUUUCUGUUGCGUCGUGUGAAGGCCUCUGUUCUUGAUCAACUUCCUGACAAAGUGGAGAAGGUGCUAAAGUGCGAACUCUCAGGCUGGCAGAAAAUCAUGUACCGGCGUAUUCAAGAAGGAGGCGCACUUCUUAUGGAAACGACGGAUAAUACAGGCAAAAAGAAGGGAAAGACAAAGUAUACGUCCAAGGGUUUGUCGAAUGUGCUUAUGCAGCUGCGCAAGGUGUGCAACCACCCGUACCUUUUCCAGACCAACGGAUACCAGAUUGACUUUGAUAUCGUGCGGUCAUCAGGCAAAUUUGAGCUGCUGGACCGCAUGCUGCCGAAGCUGAAAGCUGCAGGUCACCGCGUGCUGAUGUUCAGUCAGAUGACGCAGUUAAUGCACGUUUUGGAGGAUUAUUUUAACUACCGCGGCUUCCGCUACCUUCGUUUGGACGGAUCGACGAGUGCUGAUGAGCGUGAACAACGAAUGUUCAUGUUUAACGCGCCUGACUCGCCGUUCUUCAUCUUCCUUUUGAGUACGCGCGCCGGUGGCCUUGGACUAAAUCUCGCGACAGCAGACACGGUCAUCAUUUUUGACAGUGAUUGGAAUCCCGCCAUGGACGCGCAGGCUCAGGAUCGCGCUCAUCGUAUCGGCCAAAAGAAUGAAGUGCGAGUCUUCAGACUUGUCACGAAUAGCCCCGUGGAGGAAAAAAUCCUUUCGCGUGCGACGGACAAGAUGAAUAUGAACAACCUUGUGGUAGAAGCCGGCAAAUUCAACAAUCGUUCUAAGGAGGCAGAGCGACGUGCGAUGCUCGAGAGCCUCAUCAAAAUGGAGCAAGAGGAAGCAGCGCACGCUGUGAAUGGUGAGGAUGAAUCGUCGAACGUUCUACUAGAUGACGAGAUUAAUGAGAUGAUGGCGCUGACGGAUGAAGAACUGGCUUUGUAUCAGCGAGUGGACUCUGAGCGCAAAGCUCGCGAAGCAAUGGAAUGGGAAGAGUAUUGCAAGCAGUACAAUAUCCUGCACACUCAGCGUUCUCGACUUAUGUCGGAGAAGGAUGCCCCGGUUUGGCUGCGCGAAGCCGACGAAAUUAUGGAGCACGACAUUGCAGCGGGAAAGCAUGACAAGGAUGUUUGGAACUUUGAGAUGGAUGCCGUUGCGGGCAAAUCUCGUAAACGCAAGGAAAUGUCGUACCGCGAUCAAUUUACCGAUGCGGAGUUUGUAAAGUUGUGUGAGGACGGAGUUGAGGAAGGGGCAAGGGAGUCAUCAUCGAAGAGCUCUAUGGAAAAGGUGCAUGGCAAACGGAAGCGUAACGAAGAUGAAAACGUCAUAGACGGUGGUGGCGAAGAUGAAGACAUAUCUUACGAGGACGAGGCGGUGAGACGUGAGCGCAAGAUGCUGUGCUACUACUACCGGAAGGUCUACGAUGCUGUAGUUAAACUCAAGGACCCUACCGGGCGUCUACGGUCCGACUUGUACAUUGAAAAGCCGUCUGCGGUGGACUAUCCCGACUAUUACACGAUUGUAAAGCAGCCAAUGGAUUUGACUACCAUAAAGGCACGUCUCGACAAGUAUUACUAUGCGUCACAUGAGCAGUUUGAAGAGGACUUUAAUCUCAUGGUGGGUAACGCACAGUUAUACAACCAUCCCGAUUCGCUGGUGGUGUUCGACGCGCUUGAAAUCGACAAGUGUGUGAAAACGAAGAUGAAGCCUUUCCACCUGAAGACAAUGGAGCAGAUUGCAGCAGCUUAUGAGAAGGCCAAGAAGGACCACAAGCGUCGUUCGAAGAACCGCAAAGACAAAAAGCGUCGUCAUCACUAG